AUGCGAAGAGUUUCAUCCAUGUCUAAGAGUUCACAAGGGACUCUCUUGACACUGGUCGUCAUUCUCUCUCUUGUGUUGACCAAUCAUUAUUGUCAUGCAAACAUUCAACAUGGUAUGACUGAGUACGCAAUGAACGAGGUUACCUAUGACUUUUCCAAUACUGUGAACAUUUCAGAUGCCUCAGGGAAUGGACUUGUGAAUUAUCCUCUCCAAAUAGGAAGACCAUUCUUGAAGGGUGAAAUCCCAACAGGUUUUGUUCCAGGCGUGAAAUUGAAUGGAAUGCUCCUUGAUUCACAAGCUUAA